UUCAUUCGUUACAUGUGAGUUAUAUUUUCUAAUUUGUGAUCGAACACUUUUCACGAGUCAUGGCGGCCGAAAUCAUGACUAAGCCCCAACAGAGGCAACCAAUAUUGCUGAGUCGUAUCGAAGACGACACGCAGGAUGUUGUUACGAUGGCCGUGUUCACGCCAAACGAGGAAGGAAUUAUAACUGUCAGCAUUGAUAAGUCAAUUCGUAUCUGGUUAAAAAGGGAAACCGGACAAUACUGGCCGAGCGUUUGUCAUUUUAUUGAAUCACCUUGCACUACCAUGUUUUACUCAGAAGAACCAAGGUUGAUGUUCGUGGGACAAGAUAAUGGAAAUGUUGAUGAAUUUAAAGUUUCAGAAGAUUACAACCAAAUCACACAUCAGAGAAAAUACCUUGCCCACCAGAAACAAGUCACCGGCUGCAUCUUCACGCACCAGAACGAGGUCUUGGUUGUUUGUGGGAAAGAUAAAUACAUUACGUGGCAUUGGACCAAGAAUGGGCAACGGUUUGGAGGUUACCAAACACCAUCCCAACCUAUGUGUUUACAGUAUGAUCACCAAUCACAUUAUGUGUUUGCUGGUUUAUCAAAUGGUGAAAUUACUGUGUUGAAGAUAAAUAAGAAUGAGAGUCAACUAAUAACACAAUUGAAAGGACAUUCUGGUUCAAUUGCUUGUUUAUGUUGGGAUCCAACACACCAAAUUCUUUACUCUGGAUCUUCAGACAAGUCUAUUAUAAUGUGGGAUAUCGGGAGCAAUAAAGGAACCGCUAUUGAACUACAAGGGCAUACGAGCAAAGUCACUUCUCUCCUUUACGCAAGCCACACACAACAACUAUUGUCCACAGGGUUGGAUGGGAUGUUGGUGGUCUGGAACAUGGAGAUCAAAAGGAACGAGACUCCAGUAUGGCAGGAGGGCAACCAAUGCAUUAAAUGUAAACAACCUUUCUUUUGGAACUUUAAACAAAUGUGGAGCGAUAAGACGGUUGGUUUAAGGCAACAUCAUUGCAGGAAAUGUGGAAUAGCAGUUUGUGCGAGUUGUAGCAGUAAACGAACCACUAUUCCUUUGUACGGGUUCGAGUUUGAGGUUCGUGUGUGCGAGGAGUGUUACGAAUCCGUUACUGAGGAACAAAAAGCCCCAACUGCUACAUUUCAUGAUUUAAAACAAAGCGUUAUAAUGCUCUAUCCUGAUUGGUCGAAAUGUAGAUUCGUAACCAGCGGCAACGACCGUACAAUAAAGCUGUGGGACCUAAAGAACAUUGUCACCAAGUGAUGGGAAAUUUAACGGUCUGGUCUUAAUUUUUAUUUUACUUCUUUAUCUUCAAAUCGAAUGUAAAUUGUGUAGAAGAAUAUUUAUGUUUGUGAAGUUGUGCUAAUAAUACCAGUUCAGCCAUCAGUGUUAAUACAGCAACAAUUUAUUUAAAUCAACCCAAGAAAUUCGCAAGAAAAUUGGUGGCAAAUGCCACUGACUACUGUUGUUAACAUAAGCUAUGUUCAUAAAUUUGCCACCGACUUUUAACUUUACUGUGUCAUUAGCAUUAGAUUUGCCAAAAAGCCACGGUGAAUUUCGUAGCUCACAGAGAGACUUUAUAGAUUGAACUAUAUCUUACAAAUGCAGCACGUAAGGAAUUAUAAACAUAUUGCGUUUUAACUGCCUAAUUUCUGAACGCUUUUUCAUGAUUUUAUAUUUCAAUACUUGAUUGUGGGAGACAUGAAUGAUAACUAUUCUUAACGUUUUAGUUGGUUCUAUUACUCUUAAGUUAUUUCAUAAAAUACAAUAAUUCAUUGUUAUCAUAUGCAAUAAUAUUUCAUUUUUCAUCUUUUACUAUUGAAGCAAUGCAAAAACAACAACACAAAUGCUCGCGCGUUGAAACCAGUGCUUCUCAACCUUUUUGUAAUGGCAAAAAUAUUCAGCAUAAACUAAUAGCAAAGUUUUGGUGACCAAAUUUCCCAAACUACAUUUCACACUUUUCACCAUACAAUAAAUUUUUAAACAAAAUUUAAAAUAAAUGUGAACAACUGUAGUAGGUGAUCCAACCAAAUCAAAUCGCAACCCUAUUUAUAUAAAACUAUACUUCACACAACUUUUGCAAGCAUACAAUGUAAAUUUUACAAUCACAGUUAAAAUGGUUGAGAAGCACUGGUAUAUAAAUAUCAACUGUGAUAAGACUUGAUAACUUUGUAUAUAAAAGUGAAAUUCUGAUUUUAAAACCAUACGUGAGGACGUUUGUAAUUUCUCGACUUUUGGGUUAAAUAUGGCUCGAUAAAGUACAAAACAAUAACCUUGAAUUGGUUGCACCACUUUUCACAUUGGUUUAUAUAAGUGAAGUUGUAUUUGACCGACACUUUAGUAAAACAUAACACCCCAAAUCGUUGAACCCAAAUGUUCUCACCUUAUUAAAGUUGUCGUCGUUGUUAAUCGUGUUGUUCUUACUUUAUAAUCUGUGCUUAUUGCGUUGUUGUGUAAUAAAGCUAUGUAUGAGUCAUUUAUCACCC